AUGGAGGAACUUCAUCCAGAGGCCGCGAUUGUCAUCGUGCCCGUUCCAGGAAAAGAACAGCGUCACAUCGUCGCAUUGCUUCGUGCCCUCCGAUGGUCGCAUUUCCCCACGACCGAACCUUUGUUGAUAUUUAGUCUGUUCCGAUCCUCUGCCCGCCCCCCUUCGUGCUUUCUCUCCCUUCGUGGCCCUCGAGAACCCAUCCCAAGUGGAGAAGACGUGCAGUCACGGCACCGCACCACCGCAGGCGACUACUGUAGUCGCGAACUCAGUUAUCCCUCACCCAUCCUCUUUGCGCUGCUUGACCACGCAAACGUUGCCGAUCCAGUUCUCGGGGUGCUCAGUGCUCAGUGCCCACUUCUCAUUUCCGGGGCAAGGUCCAACGCCCUUCAACGCCAUCGAAGCCAAAGCACCACCGGAGACCCCGGCAAAGUGGCUCUUUGA